CUAUUAUUCAUGGACUACCCAGUCUUACAGCUUAUCAAUUGAGAACUGUAUAUAUUUGUCAGUUUUUGACAAGAAUUGCAGCAGGAAAAUCUCUUGAUGCACAGUUUGAAAGUGAUGAACGUAUUACCCCUUUGGAAUCAGCCCUGAUGAUUUGGGAUUCAAUUCAAAAGGAACAUGACAAACUUAAUAAAGAAAUACGGGAUUUAAUUAAAAUUCAGGCUGUGGCUGUUUGUAUGGAAAGUGGCAGCUUUAAGGAAGCAGAAGAAGUGUUUGAAAGAAUAUUUUGUGAUCCGGAAUCUCACACGUCUUUAGGAAGGAAGUUACUCAGGAUAAUCUCUCAAAAAGAUCCAUACCACUCCUUUUUUCAACACUUCAGCUAUAACUUCAUGAUGGAGAAAAUAAAGAGUUAUGUGGAUUGUGUGCUAAAUGAAAAAUCAUCAACUUUUCUGAUGAAGGCAGCAACAAAAGUAGUGGAAAAUGAGAAAGCAGGAACACUUGCUUCUAAGAAUAAGCAAAAUGCUACUAAUACUGAAACAGAAACUGAAGUUAAUUUGAAUAAAGGAAGAAGUAUUAAUGACCAACAGUCAGAAACUGAAUCCUUAGUGGAUGCAGAAUCCAUAAUAAGGUGUCACAAGAAUGCCUUAUCUAAGUUGAAACAAGGAAGCUGUCAACCAGAUUUUAAUCAGAAAGAAAAAGGAAUGGGAAUUCUUCAAAGUGAAAUAUCAACAAAAGGAAACAGAAAAACCACUGCAAGGAAUGGAUUAUAUAUUUCAAAGAAUCAGCCAGACACUGAUGAGAAACACAGGCGUAAGAAAAAACAGACAUGGCUUUGGGAAGAGGACAGAAUUUUGAAGUGUGGUGUAAGGAAAUAUGGAGAGGGAAAUUGGGCUAAAAUACUAUCACAUUAUAAGUUCAACAACCGAACAAGUGUCAUGUUAAAAGACAGGUGGAGAACAAUGAAGAAACUAAAACUGAUUAACUCAGAAACUGAAGGCUGAAUGGGUUUGUUUUAGGUUAAUACAAGGAUAGUUAAAUACUUGGAUCCCUACAGUUUGUUCAGAACUUUCUGGUCAGUGAUGGGUCUUAAAGUAUUUGUUGAGAGCAUUAUUUGUUACAGGUUUGCACUGUAAAAGUAAAAUUAUAUGCCACCAGUGUUUUUCUUUAAGAGUGUUUAUUUUUGUAAAUUAUAAAUACAUUGAACCUUUACAAGUUCAGUACUGUAUCCCACAUCCUAUUUUAAUACAAAAGUAAGAGCCUAAUAAGGUAGAAAGUUUUUGUUUAUGGCUAUUUCUGUUUGCUCCUCCAUGUCUGUAGACUAACCUUACAAAAUGCCACAUUGAAAUGGAUUUUCUAAAGAACUGAACUGGGAUACUCCUUUGUGGUGAUUUUUUUGUUUUUGUUUUCUUGAUUUAUGGCUAAUGUACUACUUACUGAAGACUACUAUAGAGUGAUAAAUGUUCAAAACAAUAUCAGAGUUCUGACAAGCUUGACUUCUGUAAGGAGUUUCAUUUAAAGGAAAAUGAGUUUUCAUCAACAAUUUAUUCUUUAGAAUAUUAACUCAAGGACUAAUAAUUAGCAUUUUGAGUUUUAUUUGCUAUAUUUAGCAAGUGAAUAAAAAUCUCAACCUAUUGAAAUAUUUAUGUUAGAAAUGGUAUUGUGUAAUGUGUAAUUUUUCAUCAAAGUAUCAUGCAUUAUUUUCCUAUUGUUCUUGAAUUUGUUAUUCUAUUUACCCAAUAAACAGAGACAUUAG